UGCAUGUCUCCGGCGCCCUCCUUUCCUCGUCGCCUUUCUGACCGCGGCGUCUGCACGCCCGCCCUCCCCGCCUCUCCUCCCUCCCUCUCUCCGUCCCCUCGGCGCGGCGAUGCGGUCGAGCCGGCAGCGUGGAGAUCGGAGCGCGGUGGCCGGCGGCGGGUGUGGGGCGCGGCGGUGGGCGCUCCCGCGCUGCGGUGCGCUCUGCCUGCUGCUCGCCCUCGGCUGCCUGCUGACUGCCACCGACGGUGCAAAAACAAAAUGUGAGGAAUCCCAGUUCCCCUGUAGUAAUGGACGCUGUAUUCCUUUACUCUGGAAAUGUGAUGGUGAUGAAGACUGUUCAGAUGGCAGUGAUGAAAGUGCUUGUGUGAAGAAGACUUGUGCUGAAUCUGACUUUGUGUGUAACAGUGGUCAGUGUGUGCCGAACAGAUGGCAGUGUGAUGGGGAUCCAGACUGUGAGGAUGGGUCUGACGAGAGUGCUGAACUGUGCCAUAUGAGAACAUGCCGGGUAAAUGAAAUCAGCUGUGGUCCUCAGUCAACCCAAUGUAUCCCAGUGUCCUGGAAAUGUGAUGGUGAAAAAGACUGUGACAGUGGAGAAGAUGAAGAGAAUUGUGGCAACGUGACUUGUAGUGCAGCAGAGUUCACAUGCACUAGUGGACAGUGUAUUUCCAAGAGCUUUGUCUGCAAUGGUCAAGAUGACUGCAGUGAUGGUAGUGAUGAGUUGGAGUGUGCACCUCCAACAUGUGGUGUUCAUGAGUUCCAGUGCAAGAGCUCAACUUGCAUCCCUAUCAGCUGGGUGUGUGAUGAUGAUGCUGACUGCUCUGACCACUCUGAUGAGUCUUUGGAGCAAUGUGGCCGACAGCCUGCACCUCCUGUGAAGUGCUCUACCAGUGAGGUGCAGUGUGGCUCGGGUGAAUGUAUCCACAAGAAGUGGCGUUGUGAUGGAGAUCCUGACUGCAAAGAUGGAAGUGAUGAAAUCAACUGCCCUUCUCGGACCUGCAGACCAGACCAGUUCAGGUGUGAAGAUGGGAACUGCAUCCAUGGGAGUAGGCAGUGCAAUGGUGUGAGAGACUGUCUGGAUGGCACUGAUGAAGCAAACUGUAACAAUGUUAUUCAGUGUUCUGGACCUGGCAAAUUCAAGUGCAGAAGUGGAGAAUGCAUAGAUAUUAAUAAAGUGUGUAACCGUCAGGGAGACUGCAAGGACUGGAGUGAUGAGCCUCUCAAGGAAUGUAACAUAAAUGAAUGUUUAGUCAACAAUGGUGGAUGCUCUCACAUCUGCAGAGAUCUUGUUAUUGGCUAUGAAUGUGACUGUCCAGCUGGGUUUGAGCUUGUAGACAGGAGAACCUGUGGAGAUAUUGAUGAAUGCCAGAAUCCUGGUAUCUGUAGCCAAAUCUGUAUCAACCUGAAAGGGGGUUACAAGUGUGAAUGUAGCCGUGGCUAUCAGAUGGAUCUUGCUACAGGAGUGUGCAAGGCUGUGGGGAAAGAACCAUGUCUAAUUUUCACCAACCGACGGGAUAUCAGGAAGAUUGGCCUUGAGAGAAAAGAAUACAUUCAACUAGUAGAGCAGCUAAGAAACACAGUUGCUCUAGAUGCUGAUAUUGCUGAGCAAAAGCUUUAUUGGGCUGACUUCAGCCAAAAAGCAAUUUUCAGUGCUUCUAUUGAUACCCGUGAUAAAGUUGGUACACACACUAGAAUCCUAGACAACAUAUACAGCCCUGCAGGAAUUGCUGUUGAUUGGAUUUAUAAGAAUAUCUACUGGACUGAUUCAUCUGCAAAGACCAUUUCAGUGGCAAGCCUGAAUGGCAAGAAAAGAAAGGUUUUAUUUCUUUCUGAGCUGAGAGAGCCAGCUUCUAUUGCUGUGGAUCCUCUGUCUGGCUUUAUGUACUGGUCAGACUGGGGUGAACCAGCAAAAAUUGAAAAAGCCGGAAUGAAUGGAUUUGACAGACAGCAGCUUGUGACAACAGAAAUCCAGUGGCCUAAUGGAAUUGCUCUAGAUCUUGUAAAAAGCCGUCUGUAUUGGCUUGAUUCUAAGCUACAUAUGCUGUCAAGUGUGGAUCUGAAUGGCCAGGAUCGUAGACUUGUGCUGAAGUCUCAUAUGUUCCUUCCUCAUCCUCUUGCUCUAACAAUAUUUGAGGAUCGUGUAUUCUGGAUUGAUGGAGAGAAUGAGGCAGUCUAUGGUGCCAACAAAUUUACUGGAGCUGAAUUGGUCACCCUAGUAAACAACCUCAAUGAUGCGCAGGACAUCAUUGUUUAUCAUGAACUUGUUCAGCCUUCAGGCAGGAACUGGUGUGAAGAGAACAUGGUAAAUGGAGGCUGUAGCUACCUGUGCCUGCCUGCUCCUCAGAUAAAUGAACACUCUCCAAAGUAUACUUGUGCAUGUCCAUCUGGAUAUGUCUUGCAGGAGGACGGUCUGAGAUGUGAAGUUUCAGGUACUGGAACAACUGUGGCUUACACUGAGACUAAAGAUACCAGCACAACUGAAAAAUCUCCAACUGUUGGACUAGUUCCUGGAGGUUUCAACAUCAGUAGUGUGGUGUCUGAAGUAGCUGCAAGAGGAGCAGCAGGAGCUUGGGCUGUUCUUCCUAUCUUAUUGCUGGCGAUGGCUGCAGUGGCUGGCUACUUCAUGUGGCGUAAUUGGCAGCACAAGAACAUGAAAAGCAUGAAUUUUGAUAAUCCCGUCUAUCUGAAAACUACAGAAGAGGAUCUCACAAUUGAUAUUGGCAGACAUGGUGGUUCAGUUGGACACACCUACCCUGCAAUAUCUGUUGUAAGCACAGAUGAUGAUAUGCUGUGAGCACUGGAUCAGUAAUCACUUUCAGUUUACUUUGUGUUUUACACUUACGGGGAUGAUAAACAUGCUUGUGGCUGAAAGACUUCCUCCGUUCUUUGGAAGAAUGAAGAAACUUUCUCUGUGUAUGGAACACUUACAUAAUUUGCUGUUUUAUACAGCUUAACAACCAACUCUGUAAAUACCUGUCCACAACAAUUCAGCUUUUAGUGGUUACUGUUUUAUCAGUAACCCUUGAAUUGGUCAGUCAGUAACACCACUGGCCAAAUACAAAGCACUUUCCAUAGAAAGCCAUAUUCCAGCCACAACUUGUGCUAUAGUAUAACAGCUGUACAUAUGUGUAUAUGCCACUUGUAAAUAUUUCUGGAAAAUCACUAUCAAGCACUUUGAAAUACUUAAAAUGUAAAUUAUUGUACACUGUCUUUUUCAAUGGUUGGGGCAAUGGCAAUAGGAAAAAACGGGUUACUAUGAUUGCCAAAAAUUUGUAAGCAUAAGUAAUUUUGUAUGUAUGACUGAAACAACCUUGUCUCAUACCUCUUAGAGCUCUACAGGUAUGAAUGCUCUUUGGGGAAACCACUGUAAAUCUGAAAUUCAGAGAAGGGGGAGAAAAUAAAAACCCAAAAACUAAGCAGUUAAAGUAUUGGUCUCCAUUAUUGUCCUCCCACUGUAGUGGAACAUAUCUCCAGAGUCAGUAAGAGUGUGAAGUGCUGGCUGAAGUUAUUUCAGCAGUACCUAGACUGUGAAGGGAGUACUGACCUGACAGCUGCUUGAGCAGGGGUGUGACCGUGUUGUCUUUUAUAAGAGUCCAGCUGGACAACUGGAGUAGUAUUUUUUAGCUACUAUCAGUCCUCAACUACACUUCGGUGCACAAGAGGUAGUACUGACAGAUGCUACAUGCCAGAGGUGGGUAUCAAAGCAGUAUCAGUCAGGUAAAUGUAAAUGCCUUGCAUAGUACAAGCUAGCAGUGAUGCAAGUUGUUAGCCCUUAUUCCUGAUGGCAGCUACAGUGCAGAUGGCAUCUUAGUGCCUGUGUUUGCAUGAAGGAAUGCCAGAGGUGUAGCUUCAUUAUUCACCAUGGCAGCCUGCUCUGGGAGUCUCAGAGCCAAAAAGCCCAUGUUGCUACACCUGUGAGGUAGUGUUCCCUUCCCUUCUGGAGCAAGGGCACUGUCUGAUUUGGAGUAGGAGGGGAGGAACUGAUCCAUUGUGUGAGUGAUGCUGACCCUUGUACUUUAUUGGUGCUCUGCCUUCAACAGAUGAAGUAGGUGGACCUGCUGAGCUUUUCCUACUUGCUUAUACCUUGGGGAAUUUAACUUAAAAUGCAAGCUGAGUUAACAAUUCACCUUAGAUUGUUAAUUUAUAGUAUUGGCUUUGAUCACCUUCACUCCUGGAGCCUUUCUCCUGGGUGAACACAACAAUUAAUAAUCUCUACAACUGUUCUGACUCUAGAAGGUGGAAUUCAUCCCCCUAGUAGCUGUCUAGUACAUUCUGUUUCUGUGUUCAAUUUGGUAGCACCAGAUCUAUUCCUUGUAUACUAGUGCAAUAAAGAACGACAACUGAA